AUGGCUUCAGUAGCUGCUAAGCGUUUGGCUGGUAAGACAGUACUCAUUACUGGCGCUUCAUCAGGUAUCGGACGAUCUACUGCUCUGGAAUUCGCUCGGACUUGUCGGGACAAUUUGCGCAUCAUCCUCACAGCCCGUCGCAUCGACUCACUCGACAAAUUGGCCUUUCAAAUUGCGCAAGAAGUCGGACAGGGUGUCAAGAUACUUCCUGUGAAGCUAGAUGUUAGCAAUCCGGACGAAGUCCGUGGCUUUGUAACAAGACUACCCGAAGAAUGGCGGGAUAUCAAUGUUCUCGUCAACAAUGCCGGUCUUGUGAAAGGUGUUGCACGUGUCCCAGAUAUCAAUGAACAGGAUAUGAACACCAUGUUUGCAACAAAUGUCACAGGGUUGAUUAAUAUGACUCAGGCCAUAUUGCCCAUAUUUCAACAGCGUGCCAAUGGUGGACAGGGCGAUAUCAUCAACGUAGGGUCCAUUGCAGGACGCGAACCAUAUCCUGGCGGCUCUAUUUACUGCGCGACCAAGGCUGCGGUUCGUAGCUUCACCGAGAGCUUACGAAAAGAGCUGAUUGCGACCCGUAUAAGAGUUAUUGAAAUAGAUCCCGGCCAGGUCGAGACGGAGUUUUCACUUGUCCGGUUUGAUGGUGAUAAGACAAAAGCCGAUGCGGUAUAUGCUGGGUGCGAUCCUCUCACACCAGACGACAUUGCCGAGGUCGUUGUUUUCACAGCCACGCGCCGUGAAAAUGUCGUGAUUGCUGACACUCUUGUGUUUCCCAGUCACCAAGCAUCGGCUCUCAUUUUGCACAAGAAGGUGGAUUGA